UCAGUCAUCAUAUAGAAACUGCAUUUUGUAUUUAGUUCAUUUUCUUUGUGAGAUAUUGGCUUGAUGAUUUGAAACGUUUAUGCAAAGACACUCAGGUAGUCGCCAAACACUUUCCACAACUCUGUACAUGUAGACUAAUUUCUAAUAGUUUUAUUCACUGAUAUGCUAAUGACCUUUUCUUGUUUAAAUCAUCAGUCAUUGACAAUGUUUGCCGUAUGGUCAAGCAACCCGGGAAAAUAAUGGUUCUUAAAAAAAAAAAAAUCCCAAAUGAAUGACAUUCUUGAUGAAUGUGUGUAAACUUCAGCGUGCGCCUAUACUUUAUCUCUAUAUACCUUAUAGACUGUGUAGAUAUCAAGCAGACAAAUUGCUGUCUGUAUUUCCUUCUAAAACUUAAUAAUUCUCUUUCUUUCUUAUUUCUUCCUAAAAAUUAAAGAUGGUUUGCGGACUGUGGUGGAGGAGCUGGAGGUAGAGAGAAAUCAAUUACAAGAGCAGAUACUGAGCCUGGAAGAGCGUUGUCAAGGUCUUGAAGAUCGUCUACAGCUGCAGGCACGCUUUGAGACCUUACAGAAUGAGACGGAUAAAUUACAGACCCAACUUGCCAGUGUGCGUAGUCAGCAGAACAGGGAAGCAGAAAAACAUCAGCUGUUGGUUCGUAGUCUCAAUGAACAACUUAAGGGGCUCAGUGACACACAGGAAUGCCUGGAAAGCUCACUCAUUGAGAAGGAAAGCACUUUAGCCAAGACAUCAGAAAAACUGGAGCUCAUCAACAGCCUCAAAGAAUCUUUGAGUGAAAAAGGAAUUCAGUGCAAAGAGAUGUCUGACAAACUCCUUCAGACUGAGCAAGCUCUUGAGAAUGUUUCCAAGAAAAGCAGUAACUCAGAGAAGCUCUGCUCUGAGUUAAAAGCAGAAGUCACUGAUGUCACACAGAGGCUGAGUGAGCUGAGAGACAAGAGUCAGAAGCAAGACAUCAUCAUAGACACAUUACAAACUGAGCUUGACCAAACGAAUGAGGAAUUAGACAAGUUAAACACGUCCCACCUGGAAGAAAGGGCCCAACUCAUUCAUGAUCUUCAAAGUUGUGAACGGGAGAUUGAUAGUCUGAAAGAUACUCUGUUGGAAAAAGACAAAGCACUCAACACCACCAUGUUGGAGUAUUCAGAACAGGUUACAGUUCUCAAAGAAGAGCUUCGACUCAAGGAAGAAAACUUGAUUCAAGUAGAAAAUACAUUGACAAAAGCAGGUCGAGAGGUCACAGUUAUUAGCGAUUCGCAGACUGCAGAUCAGCAAUCGCUUAAUAGCAAGAUUACAGGGCUUGUUGAGAAUCUAAAGGAUGUUAGGAUGGAAUUAGACAAGGCCAAAGAAGAAAGCAAAUCUAAAGUAGCAGGGAUGGACCAACUAAUCAAACAGGCCAAAGAGGAUAAACAAACUAUUCAGGACCUCCGAUCUCAAACUCAGAAACAAACUGUGAGCCAUCAUGUCCAGCUUUCUGGAUGUGAAACACUCAUCUCUUCACUAAAAGAACAACUGGAAUUAGCUAACCUAAGGCAACACGAGUCUGAUGAACUCAUGUUGCGGCUCAAGGAAAUAAAUGCUAACAAUGAGAAAAAUAUUCUUCAAAAAGAAGAGAUGUAUGAAAAUGAACUGAAAACUAUAAAGGAUGAAAAGAACAAACUUCUAUCCCAAGUGGAAAAAUUCAAUCAUGACAUGGAACUGUUGUCCAAAGAAUUAAAGGAACGAGCACAAAGUAAGGACAAUGUUCAACAAGAGACGGAGAAAUAUAAGGAUAUCAUAACAUUGCUGGAAAACCAACUGAAGGCAAAUGAUGAACAGGCAAAGGAUGAGCGACAGAGCUAUAAUGCAGAAUUACAGGUCAGGGAAUCUGAAAAUAAGAAGUUGCGCAAAGAACUUGAUAACAACAUUGAAAAUGUCUCAAAAAUGAAGGAUCUCUUAAAACACAUGGAGACUGAGAAAGAACAGUUGCAAGAAAAGCUUAUAAAUCUCACUGAAAACCUUGAAGUACAGAAUCUGAAUGAAAACCAAUUUAAUGAAAAGAUUACAUCUGUCCUCGAACUUAACAACAAUUUAAAGAGACAAGUACAAAACUUAACAAAGGGAAAUGAAAGACUUGAAUUAGAAGUAACUGAAAAGGUUGCGACAAUUUCAGAAAUCAAGUUCGAAAGAGAUUCUUUGCAUGCAAAGUUAUCCACAUUAGAAUCACAAUAUUUCCAAAACAGCAGUAUGAUUCAUGAAUUAGAAAAAAAUAAAGAAGAUUUAAUUUUACAAGCUACUGAUUUAAAAAAAGAUCUUGAACAACACACAUUCUCAAACAAUGAGGUUGUCCUGGCCAAAACAAAAGAAUGUAGUAACCUCAACCGGUUACUCAGGGAAAAGGAGGACAUCAUCACACAACUGCAAGGGCAACUGCAGAGCCACAUUUCUGAGGCAGAUGAGUUGCGCGUUACCAUAGAAAAGAACCACCAGGUUGCCUCUGAUCUUCAAGCAGAACUGGAGGCCCGAAAAAUUGAUCAAAUGCAACUUAAAGAAACAUUGACUCUUCUUCAAGCACAAGAUUGCAGUCUGAAGUCUGGGCUAUUGGAGAAGGAUUCAACUUUGAAGGAAAAACAGGAAGAGUGUCAUGGUUUGCAGAGUGAGAUUAUUUUCCAUAAGGAAUCUGUACGUAAGCUCCAAGAGGAAGUUGAAUCACUAAAUACGGAACGCUCGCAGUUUUGCAAGGAUCUUGAAGAAAAACAAAUGAUGAUGAAAAGUAUGGCACAGCACUGCCAAAAACACAAAGAUGACUUUGAUGAUGCAAACAAUAAUAUGAACGCUCUCAAAAACGAAAUCAAUGAAAUGAAAGAAAAAUCCAGAAAACUCAAAACAGAAGCAAACUCCAGGGAAACCGAGCUGAGAACCCUUAAAAGUAAAAUGCACACAAUCAUGUCAGAAAGCCAACAACUUCAUGCAGUUUUAAAAUCCAUAGAAAAUGAACUUGACAAGAAAACACAUAUUAUUUCAAACCUUGAUACAGAACUCAAAGCCACUCUUGAGCAGAACUCCAGUUUUAGCAUGAAUGUAACUAGUCUAACCGAAGAUAAUGAACGACUACAAAAAGAGGUGUCAGAGAACAAUGCAUUGGCUUGUCAAUUAAAAACCGAGAUUAGUCUCCUCAGAAAACAGAAAUCUGAAUUUGAGGAACAAAACACAAAUGAUAAGAAGAUAAUCAAUGAUCUUCUGAAUGAAAGAAAUGAUCUUAUUGAUUCCGUAAGUAACACAAAACAGGUCAUCCAGGAAAGGGAAAUCUCUAACAAAGUAUGUUUGCUUGAGAAAACAAAUGAAUGUAAUACCCUUUCAAAAACACUGAGUGAAAGGGAACAACAGAUUCAAACAUUGCAAGAGCAAGUAAAUGACCUAAAAAUUCAGAUAAAUCAGUUGAAACUCUCUAUGGUUGAGAAAGAAGAAACCCUGUUAGAAAGAAAAUCACUCUUAGAAGCCCAGCAUAUCCAACAACUGCAAUUGCAGGACACCAUCUCUAUGCUUCAAGAACAGGGCUCCGUCCUAAAGACAGGGCUAAUGGAGAAGGACACAAUGCUUCAGCAAAAAUCAGAUGAAUGUAUUGUUCACCACAAUGAAGUCAUGCUCCAGAAGGACCUUGUGUUGCAAAUGCAGUGUGAGGUUGAGUCAGUCAGGCAAGAAAGCUUAGAGACAAAGCAACAGUUAGAACAAAAGGACCACAUGUUAAAAGACCUAACAAAUGAUUUUGAAAACCAGCAAGAAGAGCUCAAUGAACGUACUCAAUCCAUGAUCAAACUUGAGAGUCAGCUCGCAGCCAUGAAUAACAGCGUAGAAGAGAUGCAGAUUGAAAUUACCAAUCUCAAGGAUUCUGUGGAGACGCUUACUUUUGAAAAUUGUCAACUAAGACAAGAGAAUGAACUGAUGAAAGCUGAGGUAACUGAUUUAAAAGAUGCAAUUCAAGCCCUAAAUGAUCAGAAUGUAAGCUUGAAAUCUGAGCUUCAGAAAUCUUGUGUAGAGCUUUCCAAAGCACAUGAAGAACUUGCACAUCUAAAAAAAGCAGUUAAUGAAAGUGAACUCCAGCUCAAAACUACACAGUCAGAAAAGGAACAUCUUAAUUUAACCAUCCAAGAUAAAGAUGAUUCCCUGAAAGAACUUGAAAGUAGGAUAUCUGAGCAGGAGGAGCAGUUGAAACUGAAAGAUAAUGAAAUGUUUAGUUUGAAAGUCCAAGUUACAGACCUUGGAGAUUCUGUCUGCAAAUUUAGAGGUCAAAUCCACAGUCUUACCUCAGAAUCAACAACUUUAAAAAAUAUAUUAGAGAAAAAAGAGCAGCCUAGUCUUGAAGAUCAAAGAAAUGUCACGCUUGUGAAUGAAAAUUUGAAUGUUAGUCUUCAAGACAAAGAAAAAGAGUGUGAGAUCUUAAAAGAAAAGCUUUCACACCUUGAAGAAGAGUCUUUUAAGAUUAAGAGCAUCCUCCAAAUGCAGAUAGUAGAAACAAAAAAUCUUCAAAAAGCCUUGGAAGAACGAGACUUUCGUCUUAUGGACCAGUCACAGUCUCUUCAAGGUUUACAGAGAACGGCCGAUGAGUUCUUGCUUUUCAAAGGUCAGUUUGUCGAAAGCACAGAGUUAAUGUCACAAUUACAAAAUCAAAUACAGAUACUGUCAUCGGAUGCUUCCAACCACAAAACAUCAGCUGAAGAAAAACAAAGUGCCCUCAUUAACCUGCAAGAAAAAUAUGCAGCCAAUUUGGAGGAUUUGCAGGAUAUGAGAAAGGAGCUGUCCCAAAGGACUGAUGAAGUGUUGAGCCUAAAGACUUUAUCAGAUGAACACAACACAGCAAAGACCACCAUAGAAACUUUGAGAAAUGAGCUUUCCUUAAUCCAAAAUAAACUUGAGAAGACACAGAACCUGAAUUCCAAGUUGUCAAAAGAAAAGGAUGAAGCAUUUGCCUCUCAUCAAGCAAAUGUCUCUCAUUUGACUGUUGAAAUUGAAAAACUAAGAGCUCAACAUCUUCAAGUUGUGGGCCAAAUGAAUGCAUUGACAGAGAACCUGGAACAGAGAGAAAUGGCUUUACAUGCAAUUAACAAUCAGUACACAGCCCAAGCCAAACAUACAUCUGAUCUUAUUUCUGAAAUGCAGAAACUAGAACUGCAAAAUAAGAAGCUGAAUGAAGAGAUUAGUUUGUCAAGAAAAGAGCACCACAGCGCCCUCACAGCUGUCAACAAUGAAAAUAUACACUUAGUUGAGGAUAUUAGGAAACUUCUUGCAGAAAAGGAAGGGCUGGAGAAGCUACAUCAUCAAAUUUGUGAAUCCAAGGGGGACCCCAAGGUUCAGUUGGAGCAGCAGUCCAGCAGCAUAAGUGAAAGCAUCCAGCAAAUGGUGUAUGACAAGGAGAGCCUCCAAACCAAGGUUAGUGCUCAAGAUGAGGAAAUUUCUCAAUUGAAAGAUAGUAUUCAUAAGAUGGACCAAAUGCUGCAGGACACUGAAAAAGAGUGGCUGCUUGUCCUAGAUAGAGAAAAACAUGAUAAGGCACUACUUGUAGAACAAUUGAAUCAUGUUGAAAAUGAAAUUUCAUCUAAAGAUGUGAAGGUAAAUGCUUUGAAACAGGACCUAGACAAUUUGCAAGACAAACUGGCUGAAGCAUUCUCCGCUAUUAAAAAAGGUUCUGAUCUUCUCAGUGCAAGAGAAUUUGAGGCAUCAACCUCUAGGAUACAACUUGAAAAGGUCAUGGCAUUAGUCAAGGAAAAGGAUAACGAGAACAAAACUUUGCAGCAGGCUCUUAAGGCUGUGGAACUUGAGUUAGAACAGCUUGUAGCAAAAUUCAGUGGUGCUGACGCCAUAUCCGUCACUUCGCAUGAGGACAAAUCACAUUUGCAUCAAAUGAUAAAACAAGUUGAAGCCAUUCUUUACUCUGAGGUAGAUGCUUUGAAAAACAAGUUUGAUACUACUAUAGCAGAUUUUCAAAAAAUGCAAGCUGCCCUUGAUGAAGAAAAUAAGAGUAAUUAUGAAAAAAGUCAAGAAAUGUUUGUUUUACAGAAGACAAUAGAGAAUUUACAAACUCAGCUGAAGACUGAGGAAGACAAAUCGCCAGAAGCUUCUCUGAAACACUUGUCUUUACACGGGGAACUUAAAAUAAAAGAUGAUCAAAUCAACUCCAUGACCAUUCAGAUAAGUCAGCAAAAAGAAUUACUUAUUGGGCUUAGUCAGCAGUUAAAAGAAAAGGAUGCAACAAUUUCCCAAGUCAUGGAGUCUGCCUUAAAUGAAAGAGUGAAACUUGGUGAGGAAAAUGACCAUUUAUCAAAACAACUAGCGAUUAUACAACAAGAUUACGACACAUCCAUUAAGCAGUAUGAGGAGAUUUUCCUCCAGCUAGAAGAACAUAAUUCAUGUACCCUAAGGGAGAAUGAAAUUAAGAACUCAGAAAAACUUGAGCUGCUAAAACAAAACAGUGACCUAAAAUGUGAGAUAGCAAACAUUUCUAAAGAAAAAGAUACAGUGAAGAAAAAACUUCAAGUGUCUCUCAUUAUUCGAAAGGAUCUGUUGAAAAAAAAUGAAGAGUCUGAAAAAAAAUGUGACGAUCUUAACAAUGAUAUUUCAUGUUUACAAGACAAAUUAGUGGAAACCACAACACAAGCUCAGUCUGCAGCAAAAGUGCUUGAUGAAAGGAUUUCUUUCCUUGAAAAGGAAUGCUUUGGUAAAGAAAGGGAGAUCCAUUAUCACAAAAUGCAAACUGAAGAACUUGCUGAGCAACUUGAAUCUGAAAAAAACUUUUUUCACUCGUCAGAAAGCAAAACAGAGAGUUGCUUGACAGAAAUAUUGCAACAACUCAAUGAGAAAUGUGUCCAAAUCCAACAUCUUCAGGCAUGUGCUGCUGAGCAACAGAAUAGUUUUGAACAAGAAAAGAGACUGAUAGAAUAUGUGGAAGAGCAUCAGAAUAAAAUCACAGGACAUAAAAAUCUGUCUAAAGACAAAGCUUUCCCCAAUGAUAAUGCUGAUGUGUUAGAGAACAAGCUUGCACAAAUGAAGCAAGAAAAGGCACUGCUGCAAAAAAAGAUCCAGGCUGCAUUACUAGCACGUAAAGAGACUCUACAGAGAGCUCAAGAAAAUGAGAAACAGUUAACCAAAGAAUUAAAUGAACUGAAAGAUAACUAUAAGGCACUCUUGAAGCAACACUGUCAGCAGCCAAAUGAGCUCACUGCCAUCCAGUUCAAAUAUAAUGAGAGUCUUGGCGAACUGGAGCAACUCCAGAGAACCUCAUUGUCUAAUUUGGAUGAAUUAAAGAUUUUAAGAGAGCUUGUUCAGGAGAAGGAUGAAACUGUGCAAGAUUUAAAGAUUUUUCUGGCAGAGAGCGAGAGAGAGUGCCAUUCAAAAUUGCAAACCCAAUUGGAAAUUAAAGACAAGGCUCUCAUCUUGAUGGAGGAAAAAUCAGAGACUCAGGCUUCUAAUUCCCAACCUGACAGGAUAAUAGAGCAAGGUCAGCUGAAAACAAAUAAAGUAAAGUUUCAAGAUUCAAUGGAAGAAAACAAGACUCAUUUGGAUCAAGUGUCAACCAUCCAGAGAGUUUUGGCAGAGGCACAGCAACGGCUGUGUGAGAAGGAGUCCAGUUUGACGAGUAUGCUUGAAAAACCACAGUUAGAUUACACUGAAAAAGAAACAAAUUUGGUAUCGUUGAAUAUAGACAAUGUAAAUGCCUUGAGACUAAUUGAUGAACUCAAGAUAGAGUUAGACACGCUCCAUACUCAGCUGAACCAGUGCAAGCAUGUCAAAGAGCUGAUGUAUGAAGAGAUUGCUGAAGUGUCCAUCAAGGAAGAACAUGUAAAUAAAGAUGCAGUAAACACUGUUGACAGAUGUGCUGAAGACUUAAAAACAGUUCCAAAACAUGAAGAUAAGUCUGCAAUAUCAGAAAAGGAUGAGCUGAUUGCUGCACUUCAACUACAAUUGCAGCAGAUAAGUAAAAACCAUGACAUUUCCACUAUGAGCAUGAAAAGGGAAAUUGACCAACUUCAUCAAUCUCAAGAAGAUUGUGGCAAAGUAAAUAAUCAGGAUAAUCAUAAUAAAAUGACCCUACUAACUAAGAAACUUCAAGCAGCUUUAGUCUCAAGGAAAGAACUCAUGAAGGAAAAUGCAUCAUUGAAAGAACAAGUUGGAAAUCUGUCAUCAAAAAUCAAUGCCAAAGAAGUUGAAUGCCUUGCCCUAGAAUCCUCAUUUUCAAGGCUAAAACAACAAAAUGUAGUCCUUGAAAUAGAUAUGAAAUCUGUUAACACUGAUAAAGAGAAGCUAAGCUCUGAAGUUGAUCGUGUCCUUAAUGACAAUUGUAGUCUAUCAGACGCAUGUGAAAGCUUGAAGCAAACCAUAGAGAAUAUCACACAGCACAAGCAAGCAUUUUCCUGCCAGCUAGAAUCUCUCAAAGACUCUCAGACGGAGGAGCUGACCAAAUGGAAAUCAAGGCAUUCAGAACUUGAACAAGACUAUGAGACCCUUUUACAAGCAUAUGAGAAUGUUGGUACUGAAAUGGACAAGAUGAGACAACAUUUGGAAGGAGCCAAAAGUGAUAGACAGGAAGCCCUCCGAAAAUUGCUCAAAUGUGAGACUGAGAUGGUAUUUAUGCACGGCCAAGCCAGACAAGUAGAGGAAGAACAUGAAACACUUAAAGAAAAAAUGCAGACUUUUUCAGAAGAGAAACAGCACAUAAUUGAAGAACUGCAGCAAGAAAAUGACACCAUUAAAAAAGAACUGGUCGAAAUCAUUGAAACCCACAGGAUAGCAAUAUUUGAGCUGACUAACAAAAAUCAGCACUGCGAGGCCAAAAUUCAACAACUGAAGUCUUCACUGGAGGCUUGCAAAGAUAAUAUUGCAGAUAUGCAUGUUAAAAACAGAGAACUGACUGAAAAGCUAAAUGGUAGUGAUUCAAAACAGUGCAUGGAAUCAAAAUCUCACGCAAAGAACGUGCAACUUAAACUUGAUGAGACAUUAAGUGAGAAAGAUUUGUUGAUUACCCAGAUUGAGGCCCAGAACGCUGAAUUUAUGGCUCAACUUGAAAGCAAUAAGGUUUUACUGAAAGAAAAUAAAUUUCUUUCUGAAAGACUUGAAAAAAUACACAGUAGUCAUGAAGUGCAGCUGCAAGUAAAAGAGGAUGCCAUUAUUGAGCUUCAAGCCAUGAUGAAUCAGCACAUCCUAGAAACAAUUAGUCUCAAUGAGAAGGUUAAAAUUUUAGAAGAUGAUAAGUGUCUUCUGCAAGAGGAGCUAGAAAAUGUUCAAGAAUCAUCAGACAGAGUGAAAAAUGAAAACGAGUACCUGGAAACUGUGGUCCUCAACAAUUCUAAAAGAAUUGAUUCACUGUCUGAAUCCAUCAGUGCUUUGCAAGCUCAAAACAUUCAGCUGUCUUCCCAGCUUGCAAUUAGCAAAGAGGUGAAUGACACACUUUGCCAAGAAAAACAGGAUGGACAUCUAAAAUUAAUCCAAGACUUUGAGGAAAAACUCAAGGCUGUGCAGCGAGAAAAGGAGGGGUCAAAAAACACCAAUAAAGAACUGCAAGAGCUUCUAAAAGAAAAGCAUCAGGAAAUAAGUCAGUUGCAACAAAACUGCAUUAAAUAUCAAGAGCACAUUUUGCAUUUAGAGAAUUCUUUGAAAACCAUGAAAAAAGUUGAAGAGCAAAACAAAGAAGGUGAAGCCAAGUCUCACAUCCAGGAGGCCACAGUGAGAACUGGUACGCUUCAGGAAAGAGACCACCUUAAGCUAGAUCGAGUAAAUGUUCCAUCUGAAGAUUCGCUCACAGAGAAAACAAAAUUAAAGGAAGCUACGGUUGAAAAACAGCUAAACUCAUUUAAAAACAAUGACGUUAUUUUACAGAAACAAAUGGAUGAUCUAAAGAAUUUAGAUAUUAGCGACAGUCGAAGAGUUACUGAACUAAAGCGACAAAUGGACUCUCAAGCUAUGAAGAUGAAUAAUCUAAAGCGAGCAUUUGAGACUAAUGAAGCAAAACUGUCUGCUUUAUCAUCCACUCCUCAUGGGGCAAAUGCUACAAAACUUUGGAAUGAUUUGUAUCAGAAUGCUUUGCAGGAGAAAGAUAACCAGCUCAUGGAACAAGGUUCUGCAAUGAAAAAAUUACUGGAGGAUAUGCGAUUGUGUGAAAAAGAGGUGAAUGAACUUAAAAUAAUUAAUUCAAGACUGAAGAGUGCGCUUAAUGGAUAUUCAGUUGCUUCUGCUUCUCAUCAGAGGGAAAUCUUGAUUCUGAGUGCUAGCAAUGCCGAUCUCAAUGAGACUGUCGAACCUUUGACUGUACAGUUAAAUGAACUCAGUGCUCAAGUUAAAACAGUAGACCAAGAUAGAAGUGUUCUUGAAAUGCAGAUUGCCAACAAAGAUGAGAUUUCUCAUUUUCAUCUUCAUAACUUGACAGAAAAGAUUAAUGCUGAGUUGGACGCUGAGAUGCUUGUUUUGAGGGCUGAGAAUGACAAGGUGCAGGCUGAACUGGAGAACCAAAAAGGAAUUUCCUUUCAACUGGAAAGCCUACUUCAAAGCAAAGAUGCCGAGAUCUCCUCUCUCUUGUCCUGUAGGGAUGACCAUAUGUCAGGAUAUAUUGAGCAACUUCAGGCUAAUUGUCAGUCCCAAGAAGCUAUCUAUGAGGACAGGUUAAGAACUUUACAACACCAAAGGGAACAGGCUACUAAAGAAUUCAGAGAACUUCAGGCCAAAGUCAGAAGUCUGCAAAUUAGCUUGAACAGGUCAGGCCAGGAAAAAGAGCAAGUGUCAGCGAAGAUGGAGGAAGUCAAGAUGUCACUGGUGUCUGCACAGAGGGAAAAAGAACAAUUGAUGUCUGAAUACAGAAUACUCGAGGCAAAGAGUCAUUUAGAACUUAAACAUGUAGAGAACUCGAUUGAUAAUGGUGGCACAACCAGAGGCCUUAAAGAAGAAAUUAAGAAAUUAUUACAUCAGAUGGAUGACCUAAAUUCUGAGAACGCGAUGCUCAGGGCCCAACUCAUUCAUUACAGAGAGGAUUUGAACCAGGUUUUAUCCUUAAAGGACAAUCAGUUGAAAGUUUUGCUAAAAAAGCGGGAGGAUGUUAUACAAAAUCUUGAAAACCAAAACACGACAGCUGAAAAACAGCACACAGAAGCUUUGUCAGAGCUCCAAAACAAAAUAGAGAUGAGUUGUACUUUGAAGGCAGAUGUUUCUAAACUUGAAACACAGGUGGCAAAACUGCAAAAUGAUAUAGCGAGUCAGAAGGAUACAAAUGAAGACAAAGUUAUUGCUGAUCUGCAGCGAACUGUGGCGGCUAAAACUGCUGAAUGUAUUGAUCUUCAGCAAAAACUUCUCUCACAGGAAGCUCAAAUUGCUGACAUAACGAAACAAAUGGACCUGCUUGAAAAUGAAACUGACAAAAAACUAACACAUUCAGAUGAUAAAUACACUACUGAACUGGAUGCCUCUGAACACGAAGUGGACCGAAUGACGACUGAACGACAGAGGGCUGAGCAAAAGCUUGCAAAGGGUCUGCUGGAAUCAAAGCAACAAUUGUUGGAGGCCCAACGGCAAAAUAAAGAUCUAAAGGCUCAAAAUGAGUCCCUUUGUAAAGCCAUGGCUGCUUUGCAGAAUGACCGUGACCAGCACGUUGAAGACUUCAAGGUCUUGCGAAGCAGGUAUGAUGGAGAGCUCAGAGACACUCGGGCAGCUCUGAACAAAGUUGAGCGCCAUUUCCAGGAUGCUACAUCUGAUGUAGCCAUGUUUACCAAAGAAAGGGAGAUCCUUGUUCACAAAUUAAGAGCUUUGGAGAGCAAAGAUACUCAUGCAGAGCUGAACAAGUUGCUUGGCGAGCUAACGAAGGCUUUUUCAGAAAAGGAAAAACAACUGAAGCGGGUUAUCCUGGAAAAUUCCACCUAUAGCAGACAACUGUCUGCUUUCUCCAAGUCCAUUGCCAGUCUCCAAAAUGAUCGUGACAGGCUGGUUGAUGAGUUGGCAGAAGCGACAAAAGUGGUUGAGUCCAGGCAAGAGUCAGGCCUAAACACUGUCAGGACAAUGAGUGAGACAAAGUCAAAAGGAAGUACUUUCCAUAUUGAAAAGCAUGGGGUGAUGAAAGAGCUGCAGCCUCGACUGACACCUGAAAAAGAAGCCAGCAAUUUGCCAAAUGAAACUGCUCUUCAAAGGUCUGAAAGAGACACACAACCAGUCAAGGAAACGGUGAAUCCGAUAAGCCAGAAGGAAAUGGAAGAGGCGGUGAGUCGAUUGGAAGCAGAGAGGGUCCAGCUGCACAGAGAGCUGCAACUCUGCUUGUAUGACAUCCAGCAACGAGACCAGUACUUUCAGCAACUUAACUCAAAGCUACAGCAAGCAAUGGAGGAGAAGGGUGCUGUCACCGCCCAGCUUAGUGCUAUGUCCCAAACCCUGAGGGACACCCAAAAUCGAUGCCGCUGGCUGGAAAGCCAAGGCCAGACCCAGGGUGCAGUUGAAGCACAGGUGGCUCCCGGAGGUCCUCGGGAAAAGAACAGCACAGUUGUUGCUCAAACAAUUGAAGUUGACCAGCUCAGAGAAAGGCUCCUUGAGGUAGAGCGGAGUCUGGCAGAUGAACGGUACCGAAGGGAGACUGCCGAAGAGGCUUUGCAUCUUGCUGAGGCCAGCACAAAAAGUUCAAGUCUGUCUCAAGAUCUUCGGAAAGACUUCAGCAGUAUCGAGAUGGAAGCAGACGAUGAGUGGGAAGCUGUGAGCCUCAACCCAAACCAGCCACUGAUAACACGGAAGGUGAAAGUCGGAAUGGUGGCAUGCAGACGUUGGUUCAGAGGAAGAGGCCUGUACUUUUCCCGGCUGCUGAUGAGCCGUGCACGCUCACGUUACUUCUUUCUUGCCUACUUGGUCGCAAUUCACGUGAUUGUCCUAAUGUGCCUUACUGGUGCCCUCUAAAAAGGUCAUCAACAAGUUGGAAGUUGGUUGAGAGGUUUAAAAAAAAUAGCUAAGUCCCUAUUAAUUUAUUUGUAAAUUACACACUAGCGUGUCAUUUGCUUUAUAAACACUGGCACAGUCAGGUAACUGCGAUGUUCGUCCUUUGAGAGUCAAUUGUCUUUUUUGUUCACAGCUUUGGUAAUAGUUGCACAAAUUGCAAGUUGUAAAUAGAUUAUCUGUAAAAGUGGUUUACCACACAAAGCCUUAAAAGAGUGAUAUCACAAUAUAGGGACAAGGCUAGAGAACCCUUAGAUGUAAACACUUUACAAAAUCCUAUUAACAAUAAUGUCAUCUCUCCCAUGUUACUCACUAGAGGAAAUCAAACCUCUCAACUUGGUUUCCCUGUCAACAACAAUACAUUCACUCUUGGGGUUGUUUAAUUUAUUUCCAAAAUACAAAUGUUGGUACAAUUUU